AUGGGUAAGAAAAAGAAUAAAAAAGUAAUUCGACCGUGGUGUUGGUACUGUGAACGAGAUUUCGAGGAUGAAAAAGUUUUAAUCCAACACCAAAAGGCUAAACACUUUAAAUGUCCACAUUGUAAUAAAAAACUUAACACAGCUGGCGGAAUGGUGGUUCAUGUUGCGCAAGUACAUAAAGAAACUAUUGACACAGUACCCAAUGCGAUUAAAGGUAGGGAAUCGGUGGAUGUUGAAAUCUUUGGUAUGGAAGGAAUUCCACAGCAAGAUGCAAUGGCACACGCUCAAUCACUUGAGAAUAAUCAACCUUCCAAAAAAAUGAAGACCGAAGAAACAUCGACUGAACUUUCGAGUGAGGAAAUCAAAAAGCAGCUUGCUCAACAUCAAGCUAUGAUGCAAAACAAUCCACAGGGCAAUUCGACCUAUCCUUUCCCUGCUUUCCCUACUGCACAACAAUCCAUGUCUUCAUUGAUGCCUCAUCAGUAUAGUCAAUUUUAUCAACGACCCGGACAAACUCUACCAGGACAACCAUGGCGUCCUACAACUCCUGUCGGCACUUCACUAUAUGGAACUGCACCUUACGGUGUACCAAUACCUUCCCCUAAUAAUUUACAAUCGACCAUAUUUCCUAAUCGACCGUAUCAACAAAAUGUUCCUAUCUCUACACCAUCAACAACCGUAACCGACAAUAAUGCUCCACAAGAAAGUGCAAAUAAUCAACAAAAUGCACAGAAAUCUGCAUCAAAAGUAGUUCUUGUGUACAGUGAUAACGAUGUUUCGAUGGAAGAAAAAAGAGCAGAACUCGAAAAAUACAGAGUUAGUGAGGAACAACUUAGUCAGGUGCAUGCUCUCGAUCUAUUUUCUCAAUCUCGUACUACAAAUCUUAAAGGGAGGGUUGGUGUGAUGGGAUAA